AUGGAGGAACAGCUAGUGCAACUGCUCUCAGCAACGCAAACCGCCCAGGAGGGUCCGCGCAAACAGGCCGAGCAACAGCUGCUCUCGCUCUACGGCCACCAGGAACUGCCACUGGGCCUCGUAGGCAUUGCCUGCCAUGCCAGCGUCCCGCUCAACAUCCGACAGGCCUCUCUGCUCUACCUCAAGAACCUGGUGCUUGCAGGCUGGAGCGACAGCUUGGACGAAUUCAAGGGCCAGAUCCUAGUCACCGACGACAACAAGCUGCAAUUACGACAACGACUCCUCGAACUUGCCACGGCCGACCAGCUCGACCGCAAACUCAAAGCAGCCGCCGGCCUCGUCGUCAGCAAGAUUGCAAUCGCCGACUACCCAAUUGACUGGCCAGACCUGCUCGAUAGCCUGCUGCAACUCAUACCCAAUGCGUCCGAUGGCCAAUUACAUGGCGCCCUCAAGGUUCUCGGUGAACUGGUUGAGGACUGUCUGAACGAGAACACCUUCUUUGGGGUCGCCCCUCGGCUGAUCAAGGCCUUGUACGAUGUGGCCAUCAACGAUCAGAGGAAGCCGACUUUGAGGGCAUUGGCCUGCAAGGUCUUCCAUGGCUGCUUCGACAUACUCGAGAUGGUACUGGAAGACCACAAGGCGACGGUCAAGGGCUUUGCAGACGAGAUACUCAAGGACUGGAUCCCCUUCUUCAUCAACGUGAUGAAUACGAGGCUGCCCGACCCUCCUUCCUAUCAGGACGAGGAACAGGACUCGCCCGGUGCCGAGCUGUACAAGGGAAAUGUCGCUUUCAAGUUACAGGUUGUCAAGGUGCUCAUGCGCAUACGAUCCGUCUUCCCAGCCAUCCUCGCACCCCAGAGCCUGAUUCUGUUCCAAGCCACCUGGACAGAGCUCUCCCUCCUACAACCAGCUUACUCUCUCAUGUACAUACACGAAGAGCGCCAGAGCCGACUCGAAGACGCCGAUGGACUACCGUACACCUUGGAUUUUCUUGUCCUCGAAGAGCUCGACUUCAUGCAGGCAUGUCUCCGAGCACCCCCAGUCCGGGCACAGCUUGAGCAGGAACUUCAAAAUCAGACGGUCGAGAACUCUUGGGUCACACAGGUCAUUAAACUGGCUGUCGCCUAUGCACAAAUCACCACUGAAGAGGAAGGCCUCUGGGAAAUCGACGUCAACAUCUUUCUCAGCGAAGAGACCAGCGUGACUGCAAACUACACUCCUCGAACUGCAUGCGGUGACCUCGUCAUUAAGCUCGGCGAGUGGUUGACUCAGCCUACGAUUGAUGGGUUGUUGACGUACACGAGAGUCUUGUACUCCGAAUCCAAGGGCUGGAAAGCAGAAGAGGCCGCACUGUAUGUGCUGAAUCAAUUACUCAGCGACUUCCAGGAUGUGGACAAGCAGAUUGGGCCCGAAGCCGCUAGUGGAUAUGUUGACUUCAUCCGUCAUGCCAUGCAGCAACCAGAUUCUUUCUUGAGGGCGAGGGGCUAUCUGGUAGCUGGCAGCUUGACAAGGACCUCAGGCAACGCCCUCCAGCCGCUAGCAGCAUCGUUUCUUGAAGCUUGCUUGCAAGCCAUAUCGAGCGAUGAUUCCGAUGUUGUCCAGGUUUCGUGCAUCCGAGCCACGCAAUGCUAUCUCCAGGCACUUCCCCACUCGGCCACCCAACCCCUUCAGCAGAAUAUCAUAUUGGCAGUUACCAACUACCUCAAUGCUCAGGACAUGCAGGAACUUGCCGAAGGCGAUGAUCUUGUUAUUACCAUGGUCGAGACUCUGCGUGAUGCUAUUCUCAUCGACACUCGGAUAUGUAUCACAGGCAGCGGCUUAGAUACACUGUUCCAGGUUGCGAGUUAUCAGGCGAAUAAUUUCCAGCUCACUAUGCUGGUAGUAGAGGCCUUUGAGGAAGUGACUCAGUCCAUCGCUGAUAUGGGUGGUGAUGCGUACGUUCAGCUAUGCGCCAAGGUUCUUCCGUCCCUCACCGGCGCGUUCGAUGUUGGUAACCUGACGGAGGAGAACGCUUUGUGCAACUUUGCUGCAGACCUUCUCGCCGUCCUUGCUGAGCGUGGUCCGGAGCCUCUUCCUGCUGGUUUUGUUGCUACGACGAUGCCCAAACUCACGCGACUUCUUCUUGGAUCUGACGACGAAGAGCUACUCAAGUCUGCAACCACGGCUGUCAAGAAUAUCAUUUCCCACGAUCAUCAACAAUUAUUCGAGUGGCGAGACGAAACGGGCAAGGCCGGUCUUGAGGUCGCGCUCAUCAUUGUCUCCCGCUUGCUCACUUCAUCAAGUGAUCACGCUGCGGGUGAAGUUGGCGCUCUCGCUGCUGAGGUGGUGGAGAAGGCUGGUCACGAGAGGCUAGGUCCUUAUCUCGAGGGGCUCCUCCGAAGCGUAGCAGUCCGUCUCGCCAAAGCAGAACAGGCACAAUUCAUCCAAAGCUUGACGCUCGUCUUCGCACGGCUGAGUCUGAAUCAUGCUGGAGAGGUAGUCGACUUCUUGGCAAGACAAGAUAUUGAAGGUCAGAACGGUCUACAAGUCGUGCUGGCAAAAUGGUUGGAAAACUCGAUCAAUUUUGCGGGCUACGACGAGAUCCGACAAAAGUACGUACGACUGCAGCGGAUUCCUUAUGGUGACGAUCAGGUGUUUGGGUGGUUCAACGUGAAAGGCAUCAAUGUCAUUGCGCUGUCGAAACUAUACGAUCUCAAGGACCCUCGACUGGCUCAAGUACAGGUCAAGGGAGAUCUGAUUGCAAGUAACGAUGGUCGCAUCAUGACACGAAGUCGUGCCAAGACCAAUCCCGAUCAGUACACGAUUGUACCGGCCCCUCUCAAGAUCCUCAAAGUUCUUGUCGUUGAGCUCCAAUCAGCCUCUGGUGCUCCUCUCGAUGCCUCUGCCGCCGCAGAACUAGCAGAAGAAGGCUCCGAAGACGGUGACUGGGAAGACGAACCAAAUCCAUUCGUCGACCUUGGCAGUGGAUAUACCCGGGAACAGCUCAUGGCCUUUGCCGCCGAAGAGCCGGGCGGUGGCCGCCAGCGAGACGACGAGACGCAAAGCUUCCUCAUUGACUUUUUUAAGCGUGCUGCCACGACACCGGGAUUCCAAGAGGAGUUCAAUGGAUUGACGGAGGAGGAGAAGCAGAGGUUACGUGAUAGUGCCGCUUAG